UAUGUUACCCUAUCCGGCUAUCCCCUACAUUAACCCACUCUUCCAGACUCUCUCUGUUCCUCUCUCCUGUCGGCUGCUCGCCAAACUAGUAUGGCGCCGCCCUAGGGCUCGGCACCUCCUACACGCUUUCCCUUCCAUCCCUCUCCCGUGCCGCCUCUUCAGGUUCCGUGGACACGAUGAUUCUCAAUGGAUGCUCGAUACCAAGUGGGAGCAUUAUCAGUAGACCAUGGACUCCCAAAAAGGUGCACAGUUCUCUGAAUUUCUUUUCUUAUCAGCUGCAAUAUGGUGUUCCGGCCCGCGUAAAUGUCUCGGCAGGACAGUCUCAAGAAACUGACAUCUUGCCUUCGCGAGGAUGGGGGACCAAACAUCUAGCCAGCGUGUCUACUUUUCUGCUGAGAGGGGAUCACCACAGCCUUAGACAAAUGAUACCAACUUUGCCCAAGAGCCGUGCUCGACCGCCUAUAAGUAGAAUGGUUCCUAGGGCAUCGAAGGAUGUCCCUUACAGCUUCCGGUACCCUCCAAUGACGAAGAAGCCAAGGUGGUGGUGGAGGACCUUAGCCUGCAUCCCUUACCUCAUGCCCCUCCAUGAAACGUGGAUGUAUGCAGAGACAGCAUACCACCUUCACCCUUUCUUGGAGGAUUUUGAGUUCCUUACCUAUCCCUUCCUCGGCUUCAUAGGCCGGCUCCCAAGCUGGUUCUUGAUGGCCUACUUCUUUGCCGCCUACCUCGGUGUUGUGAGGAAGAAAGAGUGGCCCCAUUUUUUUCGGUUUCAUGUUGUGAUGGGGAUGCUGCUUGAGAUCGCCCUUCAAGUUAUAGGAACUGUGAGCCGCUGGAUGCCGCUUGCCGUGUACUGGGGGAAGAUUGGGAUGCACUUUUGGACUGCCGUGGCGUUUGCUUAUCUCUUCACGGUGCUCGAGUGCAUGCGAUGUGCACUUGGGGGCAUGUAUGCUGAUAUCCCUUUUGUCUGUGAUGCGGCGUACAUUCAGAUUCCAUAUGACUAAUAGUUAUCUAAUGAUGUUCUGUAACUCAAAAAAUAAAUCCUCUUGUUAAUUGGUUUUGUGUGUUUUGUCGAUUGAGUUGUCUGUUAAACAUGCUCACUGAGAACAGAGUUGCUUUUCCUUCGUGAUUGUGGUCUGCCUAAAAGCCCUUAUAAAGUGGACUGCGGCUUACUACUGGUGGGUGGUUUUAUGCAGUUUGUUUGAUUUCCUGCAGAAAAAUUUUGGUUACAUGUUUCUAGUCU